AUGGACGAAUUGACAAUCCACGGAUUACCUCGAAUUCCUUCGCAAAAGAGAUGGUUUGGCAAACUUUUUUGGGCCUUGAUGUUCACCACUUGUUGCGGAGUUCUCGUGUUGAUGCUCUGGAUGUCCUUGUUGAAGUUCUGGAAAUAUCCUUACACGACCACAGUUGAGUACAAACGUCAUUCCACCUUGCCGUUUCCGUCUGUAACUAUAUGUGACAGUGACCGAUCUAUCUACGAACCUUUUAAGAAAGAAAAGUUCCCAACUACCUGCUCUACAAAUGAUUUUGCCAAUAAGAGUGAACGUUUCAAGCAUGGCUGCACGUUGUUCCUAUCCGGUUUUCGGGAAGGCUGUAUUUUUGAUUCAGGCCACGCUUGUAGCUUCCCGAGCCACUAUAUUGCGGCGCCGCACUGGAAUUUUUGUUACACUUUCAAUAAAAACGGUUCAUUUCAACAAACGGUGGAAGAUAAGCAAUACGGAUUCGAAGUGAUGAUGUUGAAGAAUGAAUCCGGUCUCCGGUCCCAAGACGGACCUUCUAUGCCGCCCCUGCGCCAUAGUCAAUUAAAGCGCGGUCUUGUGUUGUUUGUACACUCGCCACUUUAUGCAAUCGGAUUCAACUCCGUGGAUAUAAUACAUCUGUCGCCCGGCUAUUAUACCGAGGUCGCAGUGAAAAAGGUAGUCAGAAAGAGAUUGAAAGCUCCCUAUUCGUCAACAUGCUCAUCUAAGAGCGACGUCCGUACUAUUUUUGAAGGUAACUACACUGUUAUAGGCUGUCUUGCCUCUUGCUUUACAAUGAAUAUGUAUGAAAAAUGUGGGGAUGUUCUGCCACCUGGAAGAGUUUUCCUGCCAAAACAACAGUUUCCAAAGAUACCGAAAACCGCAAACUUAGAUAAAUGUCUCUUCGAGAUCUACCAGACUUCAGGACAACUCGAUUGUGAAUGCCCCCUGCCGUGUUACGAAGAAGAGUUUGUCACGGAAGUUCAACAAACGCCAUUGAGAAUAACUUCCACAACACCAAGAAUGAACAAGAACCUUGCAAGAGCUUUGAAUCUUUCUGAAGAAGAAAUUUCGUUGGAAUUUUAUAAGAAGAAUAUUGUUCGUUUGAAUUUAUUUUACAAAAACUUUAUGGUCGAAACAAUACGGGAGCAACCGCUUUACGAUGUUGAGAGCUUGCUUGGUGAUUUUGGGGGAUUGAUGGGGCUUUUGAUUGGAGCAUCUACGAUUUCGCUAAUUGAAAUUCUAUGGGUUUUAGCUGCCUCGAUCUCAAAUCUAAUCCGCAAGAAAACCAGGGUAAUGGAUAACAGUUGA